AUGACACUACUAGAUGCCCAUCUGGAACAAAUCUCGCUUUGCGCAGCGUCAAUCGCAGAGUUGCCGUUCGCCCCGCCCAAGAUCUUCACCAACGCGUUACUGCAAAACCAUGAUAUUACGAGCCUGAUCCGAGACACUGAAAUUCACGAACGCGCUCUAUUUUCCGUUCCUCCGCCACCCGCAGCCCCUAAGCAUACCGAACCAGCUCCAUCGACUAACAGGCGCAACACCAUCUUCAAUCCCAAUGGAGGCGGCGGUACAAGCACAUCCGGAGGCGGCGCAAAUACCGUGAGAGCACCCAGGCGUAACACGGCUGUAGCUGCAGUCCUCGGCAAUGAGCUGGUGGAGAGAAUACGACGAGGCGGUGGAGGAGGAGCAGGCUCAGGCCUCGGCUACAGAAUGUACAACAGCAACAACAAGAACGAAAUCGAUGUAGAAUCUCUGUUGGAAGGAGCUGAGAAGCUGCUCGGUGUCUACCCCAUACCAGGAGUCCACGACAAAAUCGCCGCCAUGCGCCAACGACACGCACAGGUCGCAGCCUCGGUAGAAUACUACGAAGCACGUCUUGCUGAACAACAAGCUCAGCUUGGCAAGCUGAGUCGGUCACGAGGAGACUACACGGACGACGACGUUGACGAGGUCGAGGAAGAGCCAGAGCCCGUCAUGGCGCCACUGACGGAAGAAGACCUAAGACGGGAAGAGGAAGAGAUGCGUCAACUUGAGAGGAAGAAGAAGGAACUCGAGGAUCGCGUCACUUCCAUGUCGAGGGACAUAUCCGGUCUGCGAUGA